AUGUCGCCACAUUCUGCAUCAUCCGCAUUAAACAUCCACUGGAAUAUCCCAGCAACUAUAUCGGACAAGUCACAGUGGUAUUAUCAAGGACAAGAACCGUCAUCGAAUUGGUUCGCGCAGCCUACCCACAAUGCAGCUAUAUCUUCAGCUGGGUUGGGAAGCAGCUCUCUGGCAAGCCAUGGUUGCCCUACGUCUUGCCCACCAUUACCCACACCGACCUGGGGAACAUGUACCACUAUGCAAGAUGAAGGUAGUUGCUGCCCUUCCAUAGCUUGUGUUGGUGAACCAAUAUCUUUCGUACCUCCUGAGCUUGAGAGCAAUAACGAUGCCAACAAUACAGUAUGUGCCGAUUUUAUCAUCCCUUGCCCGGACGAAUGCCCUGAGACAUGUAGUUAUCCGCAAGAUGUCCUGUGUCCAUUCCAACAUCAGCCUGUUUGCCCACCUAAGGAGGUAGCGGCUGUUGCAAAUGACAGUGAAAGUAGAGAGAUUUUGGAGCCAGUCCUGACUUCUACGCCUUCAGCACAUAUCGAGACAACAACCGUCACUGAAUAUGUCCAAACAUCUUCUACUACCGUUUGUCCCAUGAUAAUGUACAUGUGGUAA